AUGGGUAAUUGUGCGAGAAAGCACGUAUCUGCCUCCCUCACAGACAAAAGCAUAAGUGAACACAAUCUCCCUAACAUUCCUGAUCCAUCAAAACAAUUAAAAAAACCAUGUUCACGAUCUUCGGGACAAUUAGACAGUUGUAAAUCGAGCUCUAUCAAAUCACUUCACAGUAAUGCAAUUCUACCCGAAGGCAAAUCAUUAACUGGACACGAAAAUACUGCGUCUCGCAAUUCUCGUGAAAGAUUCACUGGGAAGGAUAUAAACUCAGGUAGCAGGUCGAAUUUAUCAACUCCCAAAGCAUCCAUUAAUAAUAUUGUACCUGGUAGCCAUUGUGGUGAAAGCAUCAAGGAAGCUGCGAUUACUGCAGGUUUUCACUUGCAGAGGUUAGCCAUUGAAAAUUCGCCAGGAAUUGUUAACUUAUCUCAAACUUCAGCACGAUAUAGUGGCGACGUUGAUAAUUUAGAUAGUCAGCUGUCUGUUAGUCCAGUUCAUUGGCAUGCUCAGUUUAAUGAGUCAUCAGAUGAGAAUAUUCUGCACAGUUUUCGCACACCCUAUAGUACUAAUAUUCAAGUACAGUCUCAUUCUCAUUUACAACACAACUCCUCAUCCAAUAUGAUACCUUUUCUAAUGAGUAAUAGAUAUUCUCGUAGUGGAUGUGCCAGUGCUACCCGAAGUGCAAUGGAAUCGCCACUCACAGUAGAUUCAGGAACUCACAAAUCUGAAAAACCAUACAGGUCAUCUGUUGUUGUUGACUCUGAUCGUCUGAAGCAUCUUGAAAAUAAUAUAGCGGGUUAUAAUGGAAGAACAGUGAGCACCACUCCAACAACGUUUUUAGGAGAAAUUAAUUCUGACCACCGGUCUUCAACUGGGGGUUUGUCAGCGCGUUAUCUUGUCCAUCAACCCUUCUUUUCUUCGAAUACUGGCUCACCUAGUAGACUCAGUUUGGCUUUGGGUGGUUUAGUUGCUAAUUCAAAAAAGUCAUUGUCUGUCACACAAGAUAAUUGCAAGACCGGAUAUUAUCAUGUGGCUAUCUUUGACUAUGAAGCUCAUACAGCCGAGGAAGUUAGUGCGCGUAAAGGUGAUCAGCUGCGAGUUUUAGACUUCAGUGAUUCCGACUGGUGGUUGGUUGAACAUUCAGGACAAGUUGGUUACAUUCCAUCCUCGUAUUUAGCUCAGGCCAAUUCAGUUGAAGCUGAAGAUUGGUAUUUCCGAAGUAUAUCGCGAAAAGAUUCUGAACGUCUUCUAUUAUUAAAAGGAAAUAUUCGUGGAACAUUUCUUGUGCGAGCUAGUGAAACAACGAGUGGUGCUUUAUCUUUAUCAGUACGUGAUACAGAGCAACAAAGAGGUGAAACUGUUAAACAUUAUAAAAUAAGACAAUUUACAGAAACUGGUGAUGUAUACAUAACCACAAAACAAGUCUUUCCUGAUUUAAAAUCAUUAGUUAAUCAUUAUUCCACUACAUCAGACGGUUUAUGCUGUUGUCUAACACGCCCAUGUCCAAGACCACCACCAGUACCUACAGAUUUAUCUAGAUUAACAAGAGAUCAGUGGGAAAUAUCACGUUCUUCAUUGAAACUGAUUGAAUUAUUAGGCGCUGGACAAUUUGGAGAAGUUUGGAGAGGUAAAUGGAAUGAAACUAUUGAAGUAGCUGUAAAAACAUUAAAACAAGGUACAAUGACUAAAGAAGAAUUUCUUAAAGAAGCACGUAUAAUGAAACAAUUACACCAUCCACGACUGGUACGAUUAUAUGCUGUUGUUACAGCUGAACCAAUAUAUAUUGUCACUGAAUUAAUGUCCAAUGGGAGUUUAUUAAAAUAUCUACGUGAUGGUCAAGGCAAAGAAUUAGGCUUGAAACCACUGAUUGAUAUGAUGGCACAGAUAGCUAGUGGUAUGGCAUAUUUAGAAAAAGAGCAUUAUAUUCAUCGUGAUUUAGCGGCAAGAAAUAUUCUUGUCGGUGAAAAUAAUAUUGUUAAGGUAGCUGAUUUUGGAUUAGCUCGAAUUAUUGACAGUGCAAAUGAAACAUAUACAGCUAAACAGGGUGCUAAAUUCCCUAUAAAGUGGACAGCACCAGAAGCUGCAUUAAUGGGUAGAUUUACAAUCAAAUCAGAUGUUUGGUCAUUCGGUAUAGUGAUAUAUGAAAUUAUCACUUAUGGACAAGUACCAUUUCCAUCAAUGAAUAAUACAGAGACAUUACAACAAGUUGAAAAUGGUUAUCGUAUGCCGUGUCCUGUAAAUUGUCCCAAUGCUAUUUAUGAAAUUAUGCUAAAUACAUGGGAUGCUAAACCAGAACGUAGGCCAACAUUUGCAUUUUUAUGUAAUUAUUUUGAAGAUUAUUUUGCAUCAGCUGAACUGUCUUAUCGUCCAGCUGAAAAUAAUACUCCUUUAAUCCCUAAUAAUAAUAAUAAUAAUAAUAAUGCCACCAAUGGUAGUAAACAUGUUGGCAGCAGCAACAAUGGGAACCAACUUCAUCAUCGUCAUCAUCAACAAUUAGAAUCUCAUUCAGUUAAAGAGAAACAUUCUCAUCAAAUAUCAAUACAUCAAGAUAAAAUUAUGCUGUAUAAUAGUAAUAAUAAUAAUAGCAAUACAAACAAUAAUAAUAAUAAUGAGUCAAAUGAUGAACACUCAUCAUCGAAUAAUUUAACUCAAACGUCAUCAGCACAACAAUUGACAACUUCAUCUCAUAUUUGUACAGUUCAAAUGUGUUAAUCACGUACACAAGACAAUGAAACGUAUUACUGUUGCUGGUGUGUUUUUCUUCACUU